CCCCGCGGGCGGCAGGACCCGGAUCGGCGGCGGCGGCGGGAGGAGGAGGAGGAGCUGGAGCGGGGCCCGCGGGGCCCUCGGCCGCCAUCACGGAUUUCCUGUGGGACAAGCGCACCGGGCUGGCUGCGAGGACGAUGCCUCACUCCCGAAGGUACCGCUCGUCGGAGCGCAGCAGCCGCGGGAGUUACCACGAGCGCUACCGGAGCCGCAAGCACAAGCGGCGGCGGACGCGGUCGCGGUCGAGCAGCAGCGAGCGGGACCGGCGGCACCGGAGGGAGGACAGCUACCACGUCCGAUCCCGGAGCUACGACGACCACUCGGCAGACCGGCGGGCCUACGACCGGCGUUACUGUGACAGCUACCGGCGCAACGACUACAGCCGCGAGCGGGGCGGGGACGGCUACUACGAGCCCGAGUACCGCCACUCCUACGAGUACCGGCGCUCCCGGGACCGCGAGGGCAGCUACCGCAGCUGCAAAAGCAGCCGGCGUAAGCACAGGCGGAGGCGGCGCCGCAGCCGGUCCUUUAGCCGCUCCUCAUCGCGGAGUCGACAGAGCAGCAGAAGGGCCAAGAGUGUGGAGGACGACGACGAGGGGCAUCUGAUCUAUCGCGUCGGCGACUGGCUACAAGAAAGAUAUGAGAUUAUCAGCACGCUGGGGGAAGGCACGUUCGGCAGGGUGGUGCAGUGCAUGGAUCACCGGAGGGGUGGUGCACGUGUUGCUCUCAAAAUCAUUAAAAACGUAGAGAAAUACAAAGAGGCUGCUCGGCUGGAAAUCAACGUGCUGGAGAAAAUCAACGAGAAGGAUCCCGAGAACACAAAUCUCUGUGUCAGGAUGUUUGACUGGUUUGACUACCAUGGCCACAUGUGCAUCUCCUUUGAGCUGCUGGGGCUCAGCACCUUUGACUUCCUGAAGGACAACAACUACCUGCCUUACCCCAUCCACCAAGUACGGCACAUGGCCUUCCAGGUGUGCCAGGCUGUGAAGUUUCUGCACGACAAUAAACUCACCCACACCGACCUCAAGCCGGAGAACAUCCUCUUUGUGAACUCGGACUAUGAGCUCUCCUACAACCUGGAAAAGAAGCGGGACGAGCGGAGCGUGAAGAGCACGGCCAUCAGGGUGGUGGACUUUGGCAGUGCCACGUUUGACCACGAGCACCACAGCACCAUUGUCUCCACCAGGCACUACCGGGCCCCUGAAGUCAUCCUGGAGCUUGGCUGGAGCCAGCCCUGUGAUGUGUGGAGCAUUGGCUGCAUCAUCUUUGAGUAUUAUGUGGGUUUCACCCUGUUCCAGACACACGACAACCGGGAGCACCUGGCCAUGAUGGAGAGGAUCCUGGGGCCAAUUCCUUCUCGGAUGGUCAGGAAGACGAGGAAACAGAAGUAUUUCUACCACGGGCGCCUGGACUGGGACGAGAACACCUCGGCCGGACGCUACGUCCGGGAGAACUGCAAACCCCUGCGGCGCUACCUGACGUCGGAGGCCGAGGACCACCACCGCCUGUUCGACCUCAUCGAGAGCAUGCUGGAGUACGAGCCGUCCAAGCGGGUCACCCUGGCCGAGGCCCUCAAACACCCCUUCUUCGACCUGCUGGGCAUGGAGCCCAGCACAAAACUGUGGGACUCGAGCCGGGACAUCAGCCGGUGACGCCGCCGGUGCCAGCCAGCCUUUGCAUUCUAGCCCCCGUGGAGGCCCCCCGUGACUUCUUAUCCAGACACUUGGUGCUUUUUUUUUUUCUUUUUUUUUUUAUAUAUAUACAUGAGAAGAACUCCCCUUUGUAAAGCUGUUAAUAUGUGAGAUACUGUAAAUAGCCCUGUCGGCCUCGGGGCAGCGUGGGCCUGACCUGCUGUUCCAUGAGGUGAGGGGGGGCCUGUGUGUCCAUGCUGUAAAUACCUCUCUCGUCAAAGUGUUGCUUUGUCUCCUGUUCCUGCCCUCCCUCGGUGUAAAUACUCCGGGACUCGCAGCUCUCUGUAGCUUAUCUGUUCCCUUGUAAGUUAUGGAACUGGUGGGACUGCAUGGGAAUUAUUUUUUGGAUCAAUGUCAUAGCCCAUCCCCACACCAGAGUUUUAUAAGAAUUUUGUACAGUCUUUGUGACAAAUAAAUAUGAAGUGAA